AAAAUAUCCAAUUUCUUUUGUUUUGCCGUUACCUUACCUGUGCUGCAGCUAAAUGAUCUAAUUUGUCAUAGUCAUAGUCGUGGUAUGUCCUAUAAAAUCAGUUGUGUCUUUAACAAUUGUUAACCUAGGAAAAAUUGUACGGCAUUGACAUUCAAAGCCCGUCCAAAGCAGUGCCUUAUUCAUAUUCGAUAUGGAUGAUCGGCGUUUGCUAAGGUGGUUACCAGCAGCUUGUAUGUUGCUCACUUCUGUGCACGCCUACCAAAGUUUUAAAGCAGGAAUACCGAAUGGUGACAGCGUACCACAUCCGUGCAACUCUUCUCGAAUGUGGGAAGGGGUCGGGCACGAGAACAAGGCGGGAGGAGGGGCUAGAAAUCCCUUCGGAAUGGAUUUUGAUGCAAACGGAAAGGUUUGGAACUCUACAAUCUGCGGAAUGGAUUCAGAUGGUGAUGGACGGACGAACGGAGAAGAGCUGGGAGAUCCUGACUGUUCAUGGAGCCAAGGACAGACCCCGACAGUCACUACCGGUCUUUCACACCCAGGUGUGUGUGAGCCCAUGACGAGUAGCACGUGUUCAGGAAGGAACUCGUUUGUAGACUGUGGAAAUACCAGAGAGUUUGAUUGCCCUCCCAUACACACAGAAGACCCCAUCAAGUUCGAAGUACGGUUCCCAGAAACGCCAGUCCCUGCCCAGGAAACCACAUACAUGUGUAUGGCCUUUGAAUUCCCAUCUGAUAAGCCCUACCAUCUGAUCGCCUCAAACCCAAUCAUCGCCAACAGUGAAGUCAUGCACCAUAUCAUCGUAUACGGAUGUGCUGGAAUGAACACAGCGCCAAGAGAGCUCAACAAGCCAUGGGUUUGUGAGGAUGAAAUAAAAUAUUGUGAGGAGGCGAUAAGUGUAUGGGUAGCGGGCGGGAAUGGGAUGUGCUUCGACGAAAACAUGGGUUUCCAGAUUUCUGGAGAGAAGGGACUGAAAUAUGCAGUUUUGGAGUUUCAUUGGAACAACCCCUCCCUUGUCGAUGGUUAUACAGAUAGUUCUGGUUCCGAACUUUACCUCACUCCGAAUCUCCGCUCGAACAAUGCUGGAGUGUUAUUAAUUGGCCAGAAUAACAUCGCCAUUCCGCCGGGUAAAAUAGAACACGAGGAACAGGGCACCUGUCCUGGCAAUUGCACCAAUCAGAUCAUGAUGGGAGAUAUUCAGGUCACAAUGGUAUUUAACCACAUGCAUUUGAUGGGAAAGGCACAAAUCACAGAGCUGAAUCGAAAUGGACGGCGUAUACAGUACCUAGCAAAAGAUGACCACUAUGACUACAACAGUCCUGUGGUUUAUAAAUAUAAAAAUCCUAUAACCGUUCGACCAGGAGACGAACUCCACACAACAUGUGUAUGGCAAUCGCUUGACAAAACAAAAACAGUCAACUAUGGCGAAGGGACGCAAGAUGAAAUGUGUUUUGCCAUCUUUAUAUACUACCCUAAGGAAAACUUACUGUCAGAAUGGUGUGUAUCAGAGUGGGGACUUGAUUUUUGUGAAAUUUUGAUGAACGGAAAUGUCAUAAGAGGGUGUGAUUUUGGAAAGAUGUUAAAUCCAGCAGACCCCGUCACUGUGGCCAUGAACGAAGCAGUCGCAGAAAAAUGCACACCAUUUGUUUGCCGGGAGGAAUGUCUUGAUUACGUUAGAACCCUCAAGGAACAACCCUGCUUCAUUGGAGACGUAGAAAAGAUGUUGAGAACUCGGUACCUAAGUGAAGAAUCCACAAGAAACGAAGUCAUAUCCUUCUUUGCUGCAAUCGAUUCGUGCGAUAAGGAGCUGUGGAUGGAACGUUACCGAUUAUAUGGAAACAUUGAUGGUCCAAUAGCUUCUGCCGAGAACCGCUUGGCAUCGACGCAUUUUAUACUCGCAGUUGUUGCCCUUUCAUUGUUGUUUUGAUAAUAUAAUGUGCAUAUGUUAACCUCGAGAAUGCUUUAAACUGGUUUAAACCCCCAGUAAAUUUACAUUUUACUGACCGUUCCAAGGCGGUACCUAACAAUUGAUAAACAUACCAAUUAUAUAUAUAUAUAUAUAUAUAUAUAUAUAUAUAUAUAGUAUUUAUGCACUGUGCAGUUUGUAGAGUUUUGUGUUGUUCUAUGUUUCUUGUUUGUGAAUUUGUGUUCUAUGUCUUUGUCGUUUGCCCAUUGCCAUUAAACCGGGUUUAUUUUUAAACUUUUUGCUACUGAGCAUGAUUCUGUAGCUUUUUGCAUAAAUCGUCAUGAUCAAGUUAUUCUAAUAACGCAACAAUAUAUAAAUAUCAUCCAGUUAACACGUUUUAGUAUAAGUUCGGCAAUGAUUGUAGAUGAAAAGUAUUAAGGACAAUUAUCGAUUAUGUAUCAUUGUAGACACAUUUCAUAUUUGGUAGUUGGACAGAUAGACUCAAAGAAUUACUUGGAUUUUAUUUAAACCAUGGAUAUAAAGGCAAUACUUUGAAGAGUACUUGCCUUCUAGUUUUUGGUUAUGAAUUCCUAAAACAAAUAUAGUGUUGAAUAUAGCAUCCUUACAUAACUAAGCUUUCAGACCAUUGAUUUUGUGAUUUUUUUGUUUAUUCAUGUUAUCUUUAAAACCUUCUUUAGCUGGCUCGGAGUGUUUUGGCAUGUGACGUCAUUUUCUUCAAGUAUUUUACAUAGGUAAUCAUUUGGAAGAAAAGAUAAGCUAAUAUAUCUCGCUUUUAUUUUUAAUAAUGUUUUCUUUAUUUGUUCCCAGUUUUAGUACAAUGAUGCUUUUUAUUAUUUUAUUAUUAUUCACACAGUUUUAAAACUUUUAUUUUAUAAGACAGACUGUGUGUGAUGAUCAUUGUUUCAAACAAUGACUGCAUCGUAUUUUUGAAAAGUUUUUGCAUUAGGUGCUCUGAAUUGUAUUCCUCCUGCAGAUAGAGUUUGGGAUCUCUAACCAUUGAUGUACUUGGUGUUUACCUAUAAGUUAUUAUUAUUUGUUUUAUUGUUAAGUUUCCCAAGUUUAAGCAUUCUGUGAUAAGAUUUCCCUUUUUCGUUUUUUUCUUUAUUUAGGAUUGUUGGGAUAAGAGUGAGGUUUGUGCACGUAAACUGGUUUAACCCCCCAGUAAAAUUACAUUUUACUGACCGUUCCAAGGCGGUUACCUGACAAUCCUUGAUAAACGUGUUUUGCUUAAAAUCUUACAGCGUUUCAAUUAACAUGUUUGCUGUGUAUUUUAUGAAGUAUCUGUAUAUUUUGUAUGAGUAAAUGCGGUAUUUGAUCACUUUAUUAAGAGUCAACAAUUCCAACUGUGAUUCAAUGAUUUCCACUUCUUUGAAUAAACGUUCUCCUUUA